GGGCAGCUCUUCUGUGAAACAGGUGGACGGUAUCAGAACCUGGUCACAUCUGUCUUUGUAUUACGAGUGGAGGCUUUUGAUUCGAACCGACGGAGUGUGUAUUGCAAUGCUUUCACAACUUACGUGGAUGCGGAUAUUGUGAGCCCCGGGCUAGUGGAAGAUGGAGUCAAGUGUGGGAGAAACAAAUGGUGCUAUGAGCAGCAGUGUCGCGACUUUUCAGUCACACCAUGCCCCAGAGGGCCCAAUGCGGAAAUCUGCUCUGGCAAUGGAAAAUGCAACAACGAUAACCAAUGUACCUGUCUAAAUGGUUUCUCGGGCUCAACCUGCGAGAUCAGACCAAUAAUCAACGAGUGUGCACUGGGUAUACACAACUGUGAACAUGUGUGCAUCGAUACACUA